UAUUAGGAAUGCUUCUCUCCUGGGUUCGGAUAGGUAGGAAUGGUCUCAGUCGGAUAUUCAGCAUGUGAAUAGAUAUUUCUGCCGCAUGUUUGGAGAGGACUGUUACGCAAAGAAUGUUUUGCGCUAAGCUGAAGGAUCUGAAGAUUGCAGGGGAAUGUCCGUUUUCUAUGGUCGUGGGAAAUGAGGAACCGGCGGAUUUUGAGGAGAGCGGAGCGGUGAACGUUGUGCCAGUGUCCAGAGAGGUGCAGAGCAAUCUCACCAGCAUUCUGCCCAGACGCAAAACAAGCCGAAGCAAAGUUAAUCUGCAUUCACUGGGAGAGAGCAUCCGAAAGCUGGUGUGCCCAGAGUUCGACAAAUUACGAGAUGCAUUGGUCAGAGUUAUGAAACAGCCGAGUUGCCCUGUAGCAUGCAGUUCUGAUGUAUCUCAGACACUGGACAAUGCUGAACAAUUAUCAGAUGUCAUGAGAGACUACUCCCUAAAAACAGAGAUCCCCAUGGACACGCUAAAGACAUCUCUGGGUCUGGAGGUGUUUCGGGACUGUUAUGAGGAGGACGGUCAUAUUCUUCGUGUGGUGGGGGGAGCUCUCCACGAUUUUCUCAACAGCUUCAACGUUCUUCUAAAGCAGAGCACGCCGUCCACCCCAGAGGUCCAGCGCUACGUCCAGCAAGCCUCCAUCCUCUGCCUGGACAAGGAUCCGGGGCUCCUGACCGUCUAUUUCUUCAAUCCCCUCCCCACCACCGAGCUCUUCUUCUCGGGGAUCAUCCAGGCGGCGGCGUGCUGGCUCUACUGCACUCGGGUGGAGGUCAGAAUGGAGGUUGGGGGUAAAGACAGCGGUGCUCUUCAGGCCACUCAUCAGCCCCAUCUGCUGUACUCGGUGAUCGUGAGAGACGGCAGGAACCUGACGCCGAGCCCCAUGAGGACACCCUCGUCCGGAGACAUUCCCCUCUCGCUGCUCUACUCCACUUUUCCCUUCCACAUUCUCUUGGAUCAGGAUAUGGGCCUGAUGCAGAUCGGAGACGGUUUGAGGAGGAGGCUCGGCCGAAGCAGACCCGUUUUCCUCGAGCACUUUCUCAUCGUUUCACCUGAGAUUCGAGCCAGCUUCCAGGAUAUUUUAACCAUGCUUAACACUCAGUUUGUGCUGCGGGUCAAGCAGCACGGAGCAAGCUCUGCCGACAGCCCUGGAAAGCACAUGGACCUGAAGGGGCAGAUGAUCUUCAUGUCAGAGAUGAGUGCUCUGCUCUUCCUCGGCUCUCCGUGUGUAGAUAAACUGGAGGAGUUGACAGGUCGCGGCCUCUACCUCUCUGACAUCCCCAUCCACAAUGCACUGCGAGAUGUUGUUCUGGUCGGAGAACAGACCAAGGCCCAGGAUGGACUGAAGAAGCGUCUGGGUAAAGCCAAAGCCGCCCUGGAACAAGCCCACCAGGCCCUGGAAGAAGAAAAGCGGCGAACAGUAGAGCUGCUCUUCACCAUAUUCCCAGGGAAUGUGGCUCAGCGUUUGUGGCAGGGGCUUCCAGUGCAGGCUAAAAAGUUUGAUCACGUCACAGUGCUGUUCUCAGAUAUCGUGGGCUUCACUGCGAUCUGUUCGCGAUGCACGCCCAUGCAGGUGGUGAACAUGCUCAGUGCGCUCUACACGCGGUUUGAUCACCGCUGCGGUGAGCUGGACGUGUAUAAGGUGGAGACCAUUGGGGAUGCGUACUGUGUAGCCGGAGGCUUGCACAAAGAGAGUCCGACCCACGCUGUCCAGAUCGCUCUCAUGGCUCUGGAGAUGAUGGACUUGUCUGAUGAGGUCACGACCCCCAUGGGAGAGGUUAUCAAGAUGCGUAUCGGGAUCCACUCUGGCUCGGUUUUGGCCGGUGUGGUCGGUGUGAAAAUGCCCCGCUACUGCCUUUUCGGCAACAACGUCACAUUGGCCAACAAGUUUGAGUCUUGUAGCCUGCCGAGAAAAAUCAACGUCAGUCCCACCACGUACAGAUUGUUAAAAGAUCGUCCAGAGUUCAUUCUCAUCCCCCGGACGAGAGAGGAUCUUCCGCCCAACUUCCCCGCCAACAUCCCUGGAGUUUGUUACUUCCUCCAGGCUCACGAUCAGAAGACGAGUGUUGCUUCCAGAAGCUGUGCUUCAUACGAAACGCAGGCCAGCGGAUGAAAGCGUCAAACCUGGA